AUGGAGCUGAAGGAGAAUACAUCAAUUGUUGUGCUGGGCGCGUCGGGUGAUUUGGCCAAGAAGAAGACGUAUCCUGCGCUCUUUGGCUUGUACCGAAAUCAAUUCCUGCCCAAAGAUGUGAGAAUCAUCGGAUACGCCCGUACCAAAAUGGACCAUGAGGAAUACCUCAAGCGAAUCAAGUCCUACAUCAAGACUCCCACCAAGGAGAUUGAGCAGCAACUCGAGAACUUCUUGAGUCUCUGCUCAUACAUCUCUGGCCAGUACGACAAGGAUGAAUCGUUUGAGGUGCUUAACAAGCACUUGGCCGAAAUCGAAGAGGGUCGGCCCGAAACUCACCGAUUGUUCUACAUGGCUUUGCCUCCCAGUGUUUUCACAAUCGUUUCUCAGCACCUGAAGAAAUGCUGCUACCCACCCAAGGGCAUUGCCAGAGUUAUUGUCGAGAAACCUUUCGGCAAAGAUCUUGCAAGCUCCCGUGAGCUACAAAAGUCACUCGAGCCCGAUUGGAAGGAGGAAGAGCUUUUCCGUAUUGACCACUACCUUGGCAAGGAAAUGGUCAAGAAUAUUCUUAUUCUCAGAUUUGGUAACUCGUUCCUCGGCGCAACCUGGAACCGCCAUCACAUCGACAACGUCCAAAUUACCUUCAAGGAGCCAUUCGGCACCGAAGGCCGUGGUGGCUACUUCGACGAGUUUGGCAUCAUUCGAGACGUCAUGCAGAACCAUUUGCUGCAGGUCUUGACCCUGUUAGCCAUGGAGCGACCCAUUUCAUUCGACUCGGAGGAUAUCCGUGAUGAGAAAGUCCGCGUCCUGCGCGCUAUUCCCGCAAUUGAACCCAAGAAUGUCAUCAUUGGACAAUACGGAAAAUCGCUGGACGGCAGCAAACCUUCGUACAAGGAAGACGACACUGUUCCCAAGGACUCAAGAUGCCCGACUUUCUGCGCCUUGGUCGCCUACAUCAAGAACGAGCGAUGGGACGGUGUACCCUUUAUUAUGAAGGCCGGCAAAGCCCUCAAUGAGCAAAAGACGGAAAUUCGAAUUCAGUUCAAGGAUGUCACAUCUGGUAUUUUCAAGGAUAUUCCCCGAAAUGAGUUGGUCAUGCGCAUUCAGCCCAACGAGAGUGUAUACAUUAAGAUGAACUCUAAACUCCCUGGUCUGAGCAUGCAGACUGUGGUUACUGAACUCGACCUCACCUAUCGACGACGAUUCUCAGACCUAAAAAUUCCUGAGGCUUACGAGUCUCUUGUUCUUGAUUGCCUCAAGGGCGACCACUCCAACUUUGUCCGUGACGAUGAGCUGGAUGCCAGCUGGAGAAUCUUCACCCCUCUGCUUCACUAUCUCGACGACAACAAGGAGAUUAUCCCCAUGGAGUAUCCAUACGGUUCUCGCGGCCCUGCGGUGCUUGAUGACUUUACUGCUUCUUACGGCUAUAAAUUCAGCGACGCCGCCGGCUACCAAUGGCCAACAACUGCGGCUUCUCCUCCUAACAAGUUCUAA